AUGUAUCCGAAAAGCUCUCUAGGGAAAGAAGACGACGGUAAUGAUAUGCGGUCCAUGAACGACCAAACAGACAACGUCAGCAUCAACACCGCCGAGCUCUACCACGGCCUUCAAGACGGCGACCACUACAACCAUGACGACACGUUUGAAGACGAAAUCACCCCGGAAGAAGAAGCCUCGGCCACCACCGAACUACCGAGAACCAAAAGACAGCCGUGGAAAGAAAUCUUUAUGCUUUCGUUUUCGUCGCUCGGUGCCAUUUACGGCGACUUGGGCACGUCGCCCUUGUACGUGCUCAACUCCAUCAAGUAUCUGGAGACGCCGCCCAACAGAGAAGACAUCUAUGGUGCCAUCUCGGUCAUUUUCUACUUGUUCACAAUCAUCGUCAUUUUCAAGUACGUGUGCAUCGUCUUGGUGCUAGGCCCCAAUAACGGUGAGGGCGGCCAAGUUGCCAUCUAUGCCAAGAUUGCCCGCUAUUUGAAAAUUGGCCCCAAGGGUGUCACCAUCCCUGGUGGCUCGAAAGAAACGCUGGAUUUGCAGCUCUUGACGAGACAGGACACCACCGCGUCGUCGGUAGCGUCCGUAAUCUCAAGAAUCAACCAGAUUAAGCAGCAUCCCACCAUGGUCAAGGUUGUGCAGCUCUCGAUAUUGAGCGCCUGUUUCCUUGGCUGCUCGUUGGUGAUGUCUGAUGGGCUCUUGACGCCAACGACAUCGGUCUUGAGUGCCAUUGGCGGGAUCCAAGUCGCAGUUCCCUCCUUCAACAGCGUGUUGGCGGUGUCGGAAGUCAUCCUAAUUGCAUUAUUCGUCAUCCAGCAGCUUGGCUCCAACAAGAUCAGUUUCCUUUUCGCUCCCAUCAUCUUUGUGUGGUUGAUGGGGUUGAUGGUUUGCGGAAUCUACAACAUUGUCAAGUUCCACCCUGGUAUUUUUGCUGCCUUGUCCCCUUACUACGCCAUCAAGUUGUUGAAAAAAGGCGGAGUCGACGUCUUUUCCGGUGCCAUGUUGGCCAUCACCGGUACCGAGGCCAUGUUUGCCGAUAUCGGCCACUUUGGCAAAUUGCCCAUCCAACUAACAUUGGGCGGGUUUGUGUACCCGGCAUUGAUGUUGUGCUACUUGGGCCAAGGCGCCUACAUCAUCAAGUACCCCGACGCUUACAUCAAUCCGUUUUUCUUGUCGUUACCAGGUGGCACCGGUUCGGGCAUCUACUGGUUCAUGUUUGUCUUUGCCACCUUGUCAACCAUCAUCGCGUCGCAGGCAUUGAUCCUUUCCGUGUUCAGCAUCAUUUCGCAAUUGAUCAACUUGGACUGUUUCCCCAAGUUGAAAAUCGUCCACACCUCCUCGCACUAUGCCGGUAAAGUCUAUAUCCCCACCAUCAAUUGGAUCUUGAUGAUUGGCGUCAUUUGCACCACUGCCGGUUUCAAAAACAGCAACAACGUCACUGCCGCCUACGGAUUGGGCAUCUCGUUGGACUUUAUCGUUACUUCAUUCUUGCUCAUCAUCUGCAUGUUUUACGUUUACAACGCAAACGUCAUCUGGCCCAUCCUAUUCCUCUUGAUUUUCGUGCCCUUGGAAGCAUGCAUGGUGAUUGCCAACUUGAAGAAAGUCCCGCACGGAGCAUGGUUCCCCGUGCUAAUGGCCGGCUUGUUCUUCAUCUUCCUUUCCGUGUGGAGAUGGGCCCGAUCCAAAAAGGUCAACCACGAAUACGCCCAACGCAUCCGCAUCGAUGAAUUGUUUCCCUUUUUCGCAGCCAAGUCCAUCACCGUGAAUUUGAACCCCAACGCCAACUCCCGGGCCAACUCUACCACCGCGGUGGGUGAGAAUGUCACUAUAUACGAGAAGAACGAGGUCAAGUGCAUUUUCGGAACGCAGGAGUUGCAAAAGCACCACGGUAUCGGCUUCAUGUACGUGGACUCCAUGCUUUCCGGCAGCCCUAACUCGCUCCCAGAACUAUACGGCAAGCUCGUCAAACUGUUCGUUUCCAUCCCCUCCAACUUUAUAUUUGUCGGCAUAAGAGUGCUCUCCAUCCCCUAUGUUGGAGAAGAAGACCGCAUCUUGAUGGCACCAAUGAAACUCACCGACCAUUACAAGUGCAUAUUGCGGUUCGGGUUCAUGGAAGAUAUCCAAAUUACAAAAGAACUCUCGUGGCUGAUUAUGCAACGGAUACCGCGUUUGACCACCUUGAGCACUGAUCAACUUGAACAGAUGCCCACUUUGCAUUUUUUCGAAAACGACUUGAUCAAAUGCCACGAGUAUAAACCUUCGAGCAAGUGGAAGUUCGUGAGAUUUUUGGGCAAACUGAGACAUCUAGUGAGAAAACUUGUUAUUGAACAUUUCUUUAGUCCAUUGUAUCUGAUAACUCAGGAAUACGGAAGAUUCUUGAAGUGCGAUGACGGGAAACAGGAGCAAGAUGAUAAGAUUUUCUUGGGUGGAAUCGCUAGAAUUUAG